GCGCCAAUGGAAAGUGUACAUCCUGGAAACCACAACUUGGAUACUCUCUCACAUAGUCAGAUAUCCAAAGAGGAAGAAACCUUCCCUAGUCACCAAUUAUAUACCUUUCAAGCACCUUGGCUAGUAUAUGGACUAGCUUGGUGCAACCGUGUGAACAGUCCCUAUUCACUGGCAUUGAGCAGCUUCAUCGAAAGUUGCAACAACAAAAUUAUUCUAGUUGAGCUCAACGACAAAACCGAAGAUUUUCAACAAGUCGUUCAAGUAGACCACCCCUACCCAGCAAGCAAAGUUGCUUUCAUUCCUGAUUAUUCUGGUACCAGACCUCAGCUAUUGGCAACUAGUGGAGACGCUUUGAGGAUCUGGGAGUGGUCUAAUGACAACUUAAAGAGUAAAGCACUACUCAGCACAAACCCAGAGAGUGAAUAUUGUGCCCCACUCACGUCUUUUGACUGGUGUGAAGUAAAUCCAGCGACCCUCUGUACCUCGUCUGUUGAUACGACCUGUACCAUUUGGGAUGUGGAAACACAGCAAGCCAAAACGCAGUUAAUAGCGCACGAUAAAGAAGUAUAUGACGUUGCUUUUCAAACAGGAACGGAUAAAAUUUUCGCAUCAGCUGGUGCAGACGCUUCGGUUCGUUGUUUUGAUUUGCGAAACCUGGAAACUUCCACUAUUUUAUAUGAAAUACCUGAUGAUUCAACCCCUAUCUUGCGCAUCGGCUGGAAUAAAAAGGAGCCCAACUACAUGGCUGCUUUGGUGAUGGACUCGAGUAAAUUUUUGUUGUUGGAUAUUCGUGUUCCUUCAUUACCUGUAGCAGAAAUGGAACACAAACUAACCAACCACAAAAGACAUAAAAGUGUCAAUGCUAUUCAUUGGGCACCUCAUUCUUCAUCGCAUAUUUGUUCUGCUGGAGAUGAUUGUUAUACAUUGAUAUGGGAUAUUUCCGCUAUCCCUCGACCUAUUGAAGAACCGAUUCUUUCUUAUCAGUCGGAUAGGGAAGUAAACAAUUUACAGUGGUCCGCAGCAGAUCCGGAUUGGAUAGCCAUUGCGGCUGGUAACAAGAUGCAAAUCUUGCGUGUAUGAGAGGAGAUUCAAAUAGGAUAAAACCCACAUAACUUUACAAAAUGAUGAUAAUCAGUUGUCUUAAUAUUACAUAAUGAUACAAAGGAACUACUAAAUUAUCGAUUUGAGUGGUAAAUGCUUCUAACAUUGUAGACAACAGAUAACUAGUGAUUAAAAUAACAAGAGUAUGC